CUUGGAGUUGGAUGGGCGGCGAGGCGAAAACUAGAAGGUUGUUGCUGCUACUGUAAUGAGCCACAGGGAUUGCACAAACUGGUUGCUGUCUCUUCUGAUCAUCAUCAAAGUUGGAUUAGAUGUUCUUUUUUCUCUUUUCCUACUUAGAUUUUGGAAGCUUCACUACAGAACUUUGUUCAAUUGAUUGGGAGGAACACGAACGAACGGUUUGACAAGAAAUGAAAUGGUAUAAAAACGAUGAUGGGGGAGCCUCCAAAAUCCACACGAGUCAAUUCCGUUUAGCUCUCAUCCAUGGCGACGCUUAUCUUAAAUCUCUCCCCCAAAACCCUCCGUUCUUCCUUCUUCCCCUCGCCAUUUCCCUCUCUCUCAAACCCUAGAACUACGGCAACAACAACCCUCACUAACCAAAUCAAUUUCACCACUCUACGACGACGGCGACGACGACGCAUCCUCACCGUCCGAUCCUCCGGCGACCGCGACAACAACACCGCCGACGGCCCCGACCGCCUCAUCUCCGCCAUCUGCUACUUCUACCCGUUCUUCGACGGCGUCCAGUACGGCAAGUACGUUAUCACUCAGUACGCUCCCUUUCAGGUUCUGAUUCAGCCUUUGGUUCCCGCGAUUCGAGUUUUCAAGAGCUUUCCAUUCAACGGAUUUCUGGUGUUUUUGACUCUAUACUUCGUCGUGGUUAGAAACCCUAAUUUCAGUCGAUAUGUUAGGUUCAAUAUUAUGCAAGCCAUUGUUCUUGAUGUGCUUUUGAUUUUCCCCGAUCUUCUGGAGAGGAGCUUCAAUCCGAGAGGGGGAUUGGGGUUGGAUUUGGUGAUGAGCUUGGAUAGCACUGUGUUUCUGUUUCUUUUGAUUUGUUUGAUUUAUGGCUCAUCUUCUUGCUUGUUGGGGCAGGUCCCUAGAUUGCCCAUUGUUGCUGAUGCUGCUGAUAGGCAAGUUAUGUGAAUUCUUCUGAAUUAUCAUUAUCAUUAUUAUUAUUAUUAUUAUUAUUAUAUUAAGCUUCAUUCCUUUGGGAUUAUUUGUAGUUUAGAUUACUGUUUCAAUAUCUGAACACACCCUGAUGAGGAUGAAAUGAUUCAAGAAGAACAAGUUAGAAAUGAUAUUCAGUGAUUCUGGUUU